AUGAAUGAACAAAAAACAAAAGUCAUGACAAAUGGGAGGAAAGAACCUAUAUGUGUUAACAACAACAAAAUUGAUUAUGAAAAUGAAUAUGUAUAUCUGGGUCAAGUAAUCUUACCAAUAGAUGCAACUUCAAAAGAAAUUGAUAGACGCAUUUGGAACGCAUUUAAAACAAUAUUGGAGUCUGAAAGAGCUUAUGAAAAACAGAGAAAUAAGUAUGACCAUCAAGCGGAAACUGUUUGA